UGAUCGCUUCAAAUGCGCGGUGAAAGAUGCAUCAGGGGAAGAUGCUGAUGUUGGCGCUGAUGCUGGAGAUGCGAGAAUCGUUUCAUACCAUAGACAACGUUUGAAUUCGCACAGAGAGGUUUAUUACGAUGGACGCGUGUGUGAUAUUUAGCAUAAAAUAAACAAACGCGAUAUUUAGUCAACUGCCUACAGCUGAAGCGACGAUAUUCUCACAUUAGCCCAACGUUACUACAAUCGCAGACAGUGAGACCGUGUUUCAGGUCCAUCCCACGAUCGCUGGAGGGCCGGAUGAGAAAGUUCCCGUCUUCCAUUUUGUAGAAAUCUUCCCUCCGACUGUCAGCCUCCAACUGGGCGCAGCACUCCAGAGAUCCUCAAUAUGGAGAGAAGUGCCAUUUCCACUUCACUGCUCACAGUCUGUUUAGUUUUGGCUGCGUGUCGCUGUUCCUCUGCGAUUGCCUUCUGCCCUGCCCAAUGUGUCUGCGAGACCCGCCCGUGGUACACGCCGCAGUCGGUCUACCAUCAAGCCAAGACCGUGGACUGCAACGAACUUCAUUUGAGCAAAAUCCCUUGGAAUAUAUCGAUCGAUACUCAGGUGCUGCUUCUUCAGAGCAACAACAUUUCCAGAGUAACCUCAGAACUCCAGAGUUUGGUCAAUCUCACAGAACUGGAUCUCUCACAGAACCACUUCACACAAAUCCAAGACGUCGGCUUGAAUAACCUAAGCCAACUUGUCACACUUUACCUUGAGGAAAACCAAAUUAAAGAGCUGCCAGAUUCGUGUCUGAAGGAUCUAGUGAACUUAGAGGAGCUUUAUAUUAACCACAAUCAGAUCUCUUCUAUCGGUCCCAACGCAUUUUCUGGCUUGGGAAACCUGUUGAGGCUCCAUCUCAAUUCAAACAAGCUGGUGGCGAUCGAUAGCCAUUGGUUUGAAGCCCUACCCAACCUGGAGAUCCUAAUGAUAGGGGAGAAUCCCAUUCUCGGACUGCGGGACAUGAACUUUCACCCCCUUUCUAAAUUGCACAGUUUGGUGUUAGCGGGAAUGGGACUCAGGGAAAUCCCAGAGGGUGCGUUCCGCGGAUUGGAGUAUUUGGAGAGUCUCUCGUUCUUCGAUAACAAGCUGACGGCCGUUCCGAGGAAAGCCCUCGCCGUUCUUCCCAGCCUCAAGUUUCUUGACCUCAACAAGAACCCAAUUGUCCGCGUACAGGAAGGUGAUUUCCGUGACUUUCCUCACUUGGAAGAGCUCAGCCUGAACAACAUGGAGGAACUGGUGGCGGUGGAGAGGGGUGCGUUCUCAAACCUUCCGCAGAUGGCCAAACUGGAGCUCUACAACAACCCCCACCUGUUUUUCCUAGACCGGGCUGCUUUCCUGAACAUGCGCAGCUUGCGCACCUUACUGCUCCAUAACAACGACCUCGCGUUAUUGCCCCGCGAGACUGUAUCUUCGUUUCCCAGUCUGGAUGAAAUCAGUCUCCAUAGCAACCCACUCAGGUGCGAUUGUCUUUCCAAUUGGGGGCCAGUCCUGGGCAACCAAUCGAGUCUCAAACUAUUAGAAUCCCAAAUAACUCUUUGUGCCUCCCCACCUCAUCUCAUUGGCCAGGCUCUACAGGAAGUGGUGUCUGCGAGUUGGAACGGGGCCACUAAUACCUGCCUGCCUCUAAUUUCCCCGCAUGCCUUUCCACCGCAGCUCAACGUCACCGUGGGCCAGUUUCUAACGCUCGACUGCUGGGCUGUGGCUGAUCCUGCACCACAGUUUUAUUGGGUGACACCCACCGGUGACAAAGUUACUUCUGAAUCAAUUUCACCAUCCUUGAACGAGGGCGAAGGAACCAAGAAAAAGCACCGGAUGCAAAACCAAGGAGCUCUCGAGAUCCCCCACAUCGAACCGGAGGAUGCCGGACUCUACACGUGCGUUGCUUGGAACGCCGAAGGAGCAGACACUCGGAGUGUCUCGGUGUAUGUUGAUAAAAUUAACUUCGGUGAUGGCGAACAUCGUACUGGCGGAGGUCAUCGCAGAGGGACGAACACCACGGGAUCCUUAAUAGUCCUGGCAAAAAUCGUCCAUGCCCAGUCCGUAGUGUUGGAAUGGAAGGUCCACCCAUCUGCUCUUUCCGCCAUCCAUGACGUGGCACAACCCAAGUGGCUAAGCGCCACCGUUAAGAUCGACAAUCCACAGAUUAGCUACACCGCAACGGUCCCCGUAGAUGUUCAAGAAUAUAACCUCACGCAUCUGCUUCCUUCCACGGAGUACCAGGUUUGCCUAACCAUGGCCGCCACCGAGCAAACCCAGCACUCUUGCAUCAACGUGACCACCAAAGAAGCCAGCUUUGCCGUGGAAAUGGUCGCCCAGCCGACCAACGUAGCCCUGGCAGCCGUCAUGGGUUCGAUGUUCGCCAUAUGCAUCAUGGCACUGCUGGUGUUUUACAUGGGACGGCGCAUGAAGCAGAAAUCUUGUCACCACUCUCUUAAGAAAUAUAUGCAGCACACGACCUCCAUCCCUCUGAACGAGCUUUAUCCACCACUUAUUAACCUCUGGGAGACGGAGACUGAAAAAGAGAAAGAGGGACCGGUCGACCCUCAAAACUCACAGAUAGACACCUCAAAAACAUACAUGUGGUAGCUGCACUGUUUUAAACAGUACCUUGUUGUACAUAAAGGACAAGAACGUAUUAUUGAUUCGUCAUUGUGAAAGAUAAAUGUAUUUUUAGAUGGUACCCUUCAACACCACCAAGCACACUUGGUUGCAACUGUGAUUCGUUCACACGUACAGGUAAAACAGAUACGU